GCGAGCACGGCCGGCCGUCCAUCCCUCCAUAGCCAGAGCGCACUACAGGCUUUCUCCCUCUCUAAAAAUGGAAGGCAGGUAAGGCGACGAAGAGCACAGCCUGUUCAACAAUUCAUCACCAGUCGAGGUAUCGAUUACUGCCCUCCAUCAGUUUUGCUUCGGCUUUUCUCUUCUUCAUUCCAGCUAGAAUCGAAUUCGUCUUUUGGCGUGGUCCGUGGAAAUCUUCUCCGAUUUCCUUGGGUGUUUUUUUCUUGCGAUUCCCCUUUCAGGGCCGUUUGUUUCUCGGCAGGGAAGAAGCCAUUCUGUUUGGGCUGAAUCGGAUCAGGGAAGAAGAAGAAGAAGAAGAAGAAGAAGAAGAAGAAGAAGAAGAAGAAGAAGAAGAUGGAUCAGUACGAGGUGCUGGAGCAGAUUGGGAAGGGCUCCUUUGGCUCUGCGCUCCUGGUCAGGCACAAGGUUGAGAAGAAGAGGUAUGUCUUGAAGAAGAUCCGGCUCGCCCGCCAGACCGCCAGGUGCCGUCGAUCCGCGCACCAAGAGAUGGAGCUAAUCGCGAAAGUAAGGAGCCCGUACAUUGUGGAGUACAGAGAUUCUUGGGUGGAGAAGGGCUGCUAUGUGUGCAUCGUGAUCGGUUACUGCGAGGGAGGGGACAUGCUAGAGGCCAUUAAGAAGGCUAACGGCAGCCAUUUCCCGGAGGAGAAACUCUGUGUGUGGCUUGUUCAGCUCCUGAUGGCGCUUGAUUACCUGCAUGCCAGUCAUAUCCUUCAUCGAGACGUGAAGUGUUCAAAUAUAUUUCUUACAAAGGACCAAAAUAUACGGCUCGGUGAUUUUGGGCUGGCUAAAGUAUUGACUUCUGAUGAUUUAGCUUCAUCGGUUGUGGGAACUCCCAGUUACAUGUGCCCUGAGCUUCUUGCUGAUAUUCCAUACGGCUCCAAGUCCGACAUAUGGUCGCUAGGCAAGUACUCCUAUCUAAUAUUCAGUCACAUGUCUUGCUCUGAAUAUCGCAUUUUCCUCUUGGCUAAACAUCUGCAGCUUUCAGGAUGCUGCAUCUAUGAGAUGACUGCGCUGAAGCAUGCAUUCAAAGCAUUUGAUAUGCAGACACUGAUAAACAAGAUUAACAAGUCUGUCGUCGCUCCUCUACCGACUAUAUAUUCGGGUGCAUUUAGGGGCCUCAUCAAAAGCAUGCUGCGCAGAAAUCCGGAUCACAGACCAAGUGCUGCGGAUCUGCUAAACCACCCGCAUCUUCAGCCCUAUGUGUUGGAAAUCCAAUCGAAAUCAAGUCCGGCUCACAAUAUGUUCACAGCUAUACUUCCUAACAGACAUGAAAAAAACAAGACUGCAUGUUCUGAUGAUGAAGAAACUUGCAAACCCCAAUAUGUUAAGAGUCAUUCAUUUAAAGCACAGAGGAUUGUGGAACUUGACAAUGCCACUGCUAACAAUGGCCCUCCUCAGUCUACCAGAACAGCAAAAGAUUGUUCAGAACCGCUUCAUCAACAGAUGGGUCAGUUACCAGACCAGGUCACCAACGAAGUUGUCAAAGAAGCGAUGGAUGAUAAACAUUCAAAAGAAAAAGGAUCACCAGCACGUACCCCUCGAAGGGCGUCCUCUACUCCUAGGAGACGGCUAGAACCUGCAAAAACAUUUCAUGCUAGAACAGCUCACAAAGAGGAGCCUCCCCCAUCAGGAUCUUCAGUGGAUCAGACAAUACAAGCUACACGGCGAGCAUCACUUUCCCCACACAUGUUCAAAGCAGCUGAGAAGAGGCGAGUCGUCAACAUUCUCACCAAAUUGAAGUCUCCUGAUGUUUCAGUUAACGCACCUCGAAUCGACAGAAUUGCUGAAUUCCCACUGGCAUCCUCUGAAGAUCCGUUGUAUCCCAUCAUGAAGCUCUUGCCACCAUCUAUCACUGACAAAUCGAUCACCAAGGACAAAUGCACUUUCCAAGUGCUCCGGGGGGGCAGCGAAAGCCACACCAACACUCGUGAUCCGAACCUGCUCAGUAUCGACAAUAAUCAAGUCGGAAGUUCGUCCGAUUGGAGGCAGAAGAGGUUUGACACGACGUCCUACCGGCAGCGAGCUGAGGCUCUAGAGGGCUUGCUUGAGUUCAGUGCCCAGUUGCUCCAACAAGAGAGACUUCAGGAGCUGGGGAUCUUGCUAAAGCCUUUUGGGCCUGGGAAGGCGUCUCCAAGAGAGACAGCCAUAUGGUUGUCAAAGAGCUUCAAAGAAACGGGAUUAUAAGGAGAGGCCUCAGAAGGAAAACAUAAACCCACAAUAAUUUGCAUUUUAUUAGCUUCAGGCAGUACAGUUCCACUGUGUAAACACCCCACCCACCUCCCUUGUGGACCAGUACUCCAAUUUUCUGACCUGAAAUUGUCUUGUGAAUACAACCCCAAAACCAUGUUGACAUUUUGAGAAAAUAACAGUUCUUGGAUGUACUUCAAUACUACAAGUUAUCUGAAGAUUUUGCUGGCAUCUGAAUAAAGUUGUAAUUCGGCUGUUCAUGUUUUUGUAUUUCUAUAUUGAUAAGACUGUUUCAGUGUAGGCCCUUCUGCCUUGAAAGAUCACAUUCACAUGUAUAUGCAGCCGACACUUCUUCU